AUGCGACUUCGGUGUUUACGAAGAGACGAGGGAGAGGAGGGAGGUAGGGAAGAGGAGAGAGAUGAGGGAGAUGAGGGAAAUGAGGGAAAGGAGGGAGAGGAGGGAACAGCGGGACAGAAGGAGGAAGUGGAGGAGGGAGAGGGGGAGAUGCCUGAAGCGGGUGUUAUCCCGAACCUACCUGAGAAGUGGAGGCUCGUGUCGAGGCUCGGCACGAGGCUGAGCCUGAUUGAGGACCGAGGCUCAGGGCAGAGGUUCGUCGUGCAGCGGCUGGAGGUUCGGGAAGAGGUUCGGGAGGAGGUUGGGGUGCAAGCGGGGAAGAAGAAUGGUUGUGUGGGGAGUGGGAGUGGGAAUGGGAAUGUGAAUGGGGGUGAGGCAAAGACACGAGCGAGUGUGGAGGGCGGGAGGGUGCGCGAGCUUCAGAGGAAGGUGGCUCUGCUGCUGAAGCACAGCCAUGAGAACGUGGUGCCUUGUAUCGGAGCCAUCCGCGCCAACCCUGCCGCUGCUGCUGCUACUGGUGCUGCUGCUGGUGCUGCUGCUGGUGCUGCUGCUGGUGCUUCCCCUAACGAGGAGUCUGGGCGGGCGGGCGAGUCAGUGGUGGUGUUUGCGGCCUUUGAGUUUGUGCCGUCGCCGCCGCUCUCCCAGCAGCUGCAGAAGUGUGGCCCCAUGCCGGAGGACACACUUGCUUUCUGCCUCCGACAGGUGCUAGAGGCCCUUCACUCGCUGCAUUCCCACGGCAUCACCCAUGGAAACAUCCGCCCCUCCACGGUCUUUGUCCCGGACGAUGGGGUUGUGCGACUGGCCGGCAUUGCUUGGCUGGAGUCCGAUGGGUCUGGGACCUCGAAAAGCAGUAGCAGCAGCAGCAGCCAUGGUUGUAGGGACAGCCGAGUGUCCCGCCUGUCUCCUGAAGCCAUCAGAGAGGAAGAAGUGGGGCCUCCAUCUGACGUGUGGGCCUUGGGGUGUCUGGCUGUUGCCAUGGCAACAGGAGCAGAGCCGUGGGCUGGCAUCACAAACAGCGAGCAGGUGAAGCUCUUCAUUGCUCACAGUCGAGACCUACCUGAGCUACCACCUGAUUCUUCACCUGAGUUCACAGACUUUGUCGCAUCCUGCUUGAACCGCGACCCGUCAAAGAGGCCAUCAGCUGGAGCCCUCAUAAGCCAUCCUUUCUUAGCAGUAUCAUAG